AUGAACACCCGUCAAGUCAUUGAUGUGUCUGUUGGACCCUAUUCGUUAUCAGCAACCUUCAACCAUGACACCAGUUGCUUCUCGGUGGGCCUGGAAACUGGUUUCUGUGUCUUCAACGCCGAUCCUUGUGAGCUUAAAGUCUCCCGAGACUUCAAUGCGGGUAUUGGUCUGGCCGAACUGCUAGGCCAGACAAACUACCUAGCUAUCGUCGGUGGCGGGCGAACCCCGAAAUUUCCUCAGAACAAACUUGUGAUUUGGGAUGACGACAAACAAAAACCAGCUAUCACACUCGAGUUCCUUACCUCUGUGCUUGGUGUGCGUCUUUCCAAGUCCCGAAUCGUCGCCGCACUAUUCAACAAAAUCCAUGUUUUUUCCUUUUCGGCUCCUCCCCAGAAGCUAGCGGUAUAUGACACAUCUGACAACCCACUGGGCCUCGCAUGUCUGAGCCAAAAGUCGCUAGCCUUCCCGGGUCGAUCUAAAGGACAAGUACAAAUGAUAGAACUAGAGACGGGGGUUAUCAGUAUCAUUCCAGCUCAUAGUUCCUCAUUGCGGGCAAUGGCACUGAGUCCGGAUGGUGAGAUGCUGGCUACGGCCAGUGAAGCUGGUACUUUGAUUCGCAUAUUCUCAACAGCAAACUGUACAAAAUUGGCAGAGCUACGUCGAGGAGUAGAUCCUGCAGUGAUAUUCUCUUUAUCAUUUUCACCUUCAAAUACCCUCCUUGCAGUCACCUCGGACAAAUCUACAUUGCAUAUCUUCGAUGUCUCCCACCCGAGUCAGGUUACACGUCGCAGUCAGUCGCCGGCGUCUGGGACAGAAGAGGGUACGAAGCAAAAAUGGGGAUUCCUUGGGAAAUUACCCCUUCUUCCACGAGUAUUCUCCGACGUAUACUCGUUUGCCAGCGCACAUUUUGAGAUGGGCGAUGAAGCUGUUCCGGGAUCACCAUUGACGCCUUCAUCUGGCUCAUCGCUAGGCAUACCUCGUAAAGGUGUCAUAGGCUGGAAGGAUGACGAAACCCUCUUAGUGGUCGGAUCAGGCAGAGAAGGCCGCUGGGAGAAGUUUGUACUCCGAAAUGGUGAUGACGGGAAGCGAUAUUGUCUCCGGGAUGGAUGGAAACGAUAUCUUGGUGGUGGUUGA